CGCGGACUCCCGGAGGAGACGAGUGACCAUCAUUGCUGCGUGUUUCAGAAGCCUCUUCUCUCCCAUCUAAAAGAACUCAGCUCAUUUCCUCCCCCUUCAUCCUCGUCCUGCUCGAGCUGACGAGCUCACAGGCCAAGCUGCGCAGAUGGAUGGAGGGAGCAAGGUUUCCGAGGAUGCGGAUUUAGUUGGGGAGAUGAAGGAUUUAUCACUACCACGAGAGAAGAAGAUUACUUUUUCUGUGGGAUCUUGUGCUACGUCUGCUAAUGUCCAUGACGUUUCAAAGAUCAGAACAUCUCACCGCUGUCUCGCCGCUGUCUCAUCCGUGCCUCUCGGUUUCCUAGUGGCCGCGCCCCAUCCUUCCGCCGCCGCUCGCCAUUUUCUCUUCCUCGCUACUGCUCGCCGCUGUCAACUCGCAGAUAGUGAUGAUGAGGAUUUCAGAAGUUGUAUUAUUGCUACUUUGACGGACAGAAAUUCUGAACUAAAGGCAAAACUGAAUGAGGUUGAAAGUGAGGCACAGCUUAACGAAAAUAAUGUGGAGCAUCAGCAAAGUGGACCAAGUCUACCAUUUUCUAAUACACCCUCCGUUCAAAAUGUUUGUUAUUCUAACUUUUGUCGUAAUUAA